CGGCCACGCCUCUGAAUGCCUAUGGCGGCGGCGACGAUGAUAAGAUCAUCGGAGGUUACGAGUGCCCAGCCCACUCCCAGCCUUGGCAAGUCUUUCUAACCUACGGGGCCGGUUAUCGGUGGUGUGGAGGCUCCCUAAUCAAUGACCAGUGGAUCAUCUCAGCGGCUCAUUUCUACACAGGGAUCCUUUGCCUGGACCUGGUGGCUGGCAAGGCUAUUUCUCAGAGAAGCAGUGUCUUGUCAGGCCCCAGCACACUCGUCGCGCACCUUGGCGAGCACGACACCUCCGCCGAGGAAGGUACAGAGCAGCACAUCCAGGUGGAGAAAGCCAUCCGCUACCCUCAGUACAACGCACGCACCAUCGACAACGAUUUCAUGCUCAUCAAACUCGCCCAGCCAGCCCGUUUCAGUCCUUUUGUGCAACCCAUUGACAUUUCUCAAAGCUGCCCCUCGGCUGGGGACAACUGUCUCGUCUCAGGCUGGGGGAACACUCUGACCAUGGGAGUUAUCUACCCAGACAAUCUACAGUGCUUGGAUGUGCCCAUUCUGUCUACGUCUGCUUGCCAAGCUGCCUACCCUGGCCGCAUCACCUCUAAUAUGUUCUGUGCCGGCUACAUCGAGGGAGGCAAAGAUUCCUGCCAGGGAGACUCCGGUGGACCGCUGGUGUGCAACGGGAAACUGUCAGGUGUAGUAUCUUGGGGACAGGGUUGUGCCCAGAAAAACUAUCCUGGCGUUUAUGCGCCCGUGUGUAACUACAGAGCCUGGAUCGAAGAGGUGAUUGCAAACAACUAAGAGACCCUCAGCAUCCACACCACCGAAAACGGACGACAUUCCUUGGAGCGCUUUAACCUUCUGCUUAAGAGAAGGGAGGGAGCAGCGAGCACCAAAAUGCGUGGCCAUGUCUGCAGCAAAAACUGUUUCAAUGUCCUUCCCUCUCUUCAUGGGAACCUGAGAGCUAUAGUUCUGGGAGGGAGGGUACGGAUUUCCACACCCCUCCCAAAACUACAGUCCCAGGAUUCUUUGGGGGGCGUGAUGGAUUACACCGGUGUAAUAUUGAAAUGGGUAGGUAUUCCCCAAGGAACUCGACGAAAAGGGGGAACUGAUGCUGCAUCCUUGUGUUUAGAAAUUAAACAGAACA